AUAAAUAGGCAAAGCUUCCAUUGUCACUGCUUACGUACGUACGUUCAUACAAGCACACAACAAUUUUUGUUUUCCUUUGAACGCUGAACCAUCUGGACUCUGGAGGCUAGCCUAAGUUACCUUCAUUAAUAAGUUGGCAGCUUACAGAUCGAGUUCUCUCAACCACCACUUUAUAAAUACAACCAAGUGCAUUCACUUCUCAUCAACCUCUGCCCCUGCAACUUUCCUUUUUGCAUUACAACAUCAUAUCAAUGGCUGCAGCUCCAAGUGAAUCCAUACCCUCUGUAAAUGGGGCUUGGAUCUAUUCACAGUAUGGAAAAACUUCUGAUGUUCUGAAGUUUGAUCAGAGUGUGGCUGUUCCAGAAAUAAAAGAGGACCAGGUGCUGAUCAAGGUGGUUGCUGCUUCUUUAAACCCAGUUGAUUUCGGAAGGGCUCUUGGUUACUUCAAGGACACCGACUCUCCUCUACCUACAGUUCCAGGGUAUGAUGUAGCUGGAGUGGUAGUAAAGGUAGGAAGACAAGUAACGAAGUUUAAGGUGGGAGAUGAAGUAUAUGGGGAUCUAAAUGAGACAGCACUGGUGAACCCAAAAAGGAUUGGGUCUUUGGCAGAGUACACUGCUGCAGAAGAAAGAGUAUUGGCUCACAAACCCAAAAACCUGAGCUUUAUCGAAGCUGCUAGCCUUCCCUUAGCCAUUGAAACUGCCUAUGAGGGGCUUGAAAGAGCUGAACUUACCGCUGGUAAAUCCGUCCUUGUUUUGGGAGGCGCUGGGGGUGUUGGAACACAUAUUAUUCAGCUAGCGAAGCAUGUUUUUGGUGCUUCCAAAGUGGCAGCUACUGCAAGCACUAAGAAACUGGAUCUGUUAAGAAGCUUGGGUGCUGAUUUGGCUAUCGAUUACACCAAGGCGAACAUCGAAGACCUGCCAGAGAAAUUUGAUGUUGUUUAUGAUGCAGUUGGCGAGACUGACAAGGCAGUGAAGGCUGUGAAAGAAGGCGGGAAGGUAGUAACAAUAGUAGGUCUACGUCCAGUAACGCCACCGGCUAUCUUUUUUGUGCUUACUUCUAAAGGGUCUACCUUGGAGAAACUGGAGACUUACUUAGAGAGUGGGAAGGUGAAGCCAGUGCUUGAUCCCACAGGUCCCUAUCCCUUUUCUAAAGUUGUUGAAGCAUUUGGUCACCUGGAGAGUUCCAGAGCUACAGGAAAGGUUGUUGUGUAUCCCAUCCCAUGAGGUUGAGACUUGAGAGUACGUACAUGUUGUGUACGUAGAUGAUAUAUAUUAAUGAUUCUAAAUAAGCUGCGUCUCCCACAUCCCAUGCGGUCGAGACUGUGUAUAGUUCAUUUCCUUCAUUGUAUGUGUGCAACAGUAUAUAUUUUAAUUUUGAAGAUAAGUUAAUAAUGAGUGGAUUGAGUGCUCAACAAAUUGUCAUGUG